UGCUGGGUAUCCCCCUCCGUGUCACCCUGGGGCGCUGGCUUUGUGCCGGACAGGCUGGCACAGCUCCAGGGCCGGCUGCCUCUCUGCCAGAGCCCCUCCCCAGGCAGGGUUGGGCAGUACUGGCAGCAGGGUCAGGAGGUGCCUAAAUCCCCCUUUAGCUGGAGAUGUCUAAACUUCUUGGGGAUGUCAGGAUCCGCAGCCACCCGUGCCGGGAGCUCCGGAAUCCCAGGGGCUGUGGGUACCCCAUGCCCUUGAAGCUUGCCGUGCCUGCAUCUCGUGGGCCUUCAUCCUUCCAUAUCCAUCGGCUUGAUGAUCACUUGGGCACACGGUGCUCGAACCUUUCAGCCCCCGAGGGUCCCAAAUUGGGGAGGGGGCGGAGCUUCGCCGGGGGGGGGGUGGGUCCUCGGCCACCAAUGGCCUUUGUCCCUUGGCGGCCUCGGACCCACCCCCUCGGCGUCGGGGCGGAGCGGGAUGUGGCGAGCGGCGGCGGUGAGGGGGCUGCGGGCCGGCGUGGCCGGGACCCCGCGGUCCGCAUCGGGUGCGGCGGGGCUUCAGCUCCGGCAGCGGCUGGAAAGCGAAUUGGAGGAUAUCCGAGGAGCCGGCACAUGGAAAAACGAGCGGAUCAUCGCUUCUCGUCAAGGGCCCCACCUCCGUUUGGCGGAUGGCGGAGCCGGAAUCCUCAACUUCUGCGCUAAUAACUACCUGGGGCUCUCCAGCCACCCCGAGGUGAUCCGUGCUGCCGUGGAGGCCCUGGAGAAGUUCGGCGCCGGGCUCAGCUCCGUCCGCUUCAUCUGCGGUACUCAGAGCAUACACAAGGACCUGGAGGAGAAGAUCGCCCGUUUCCACCAGCGGGAAGAUGCCAUUCUCUAUGCCAGCUGCUUCGAUGCCAACGCUGGUAUCUUUGAGGCCCUGCUGACCCCAGAGGACGCGGUGCUGUCAGAUGAGCUGAACCAUGCCUCCAUCAUCGACGGGAUCCGCCUCUGCAAGGCCAACAAGUACCGCUACAAGCACAUGGACAUGCAGGACCUGGAGGCCAAGCUGCAGGACGCACAGAAGCAUCGUCUGCGGCUGGUGGCCACCGACGGUGCCUUCUCCAUGGAUGGUGACAUUGCACCCCUGAGGGAGAUCUGCCAGCUGGCCCAGAAGUAUGAUGCCCUGGUCUUCAUUGAUGAAUGCCAUGCCACAGGCUUCCUGGGACCCAAUGGCAGGGGUACCGAUGAGCUCCUGGGAGUGAUGGACAAAGUCACCAUCAUCAACUCCACCCUGGGAAAAGCUCUCGGAGGAGCUGCAGGUGGGUACACGACUGGCCCCAAACCCCUCAUCGAUCUGCUGCGGCAGCGCUCCCGCCCCUACCUCUUCUCCAACAGCCUCCCUCCGGCUGUGGUGGGCUGUGCCGCCAAGGCCCUGGACCUCCUCAUGGAGAGCAACGCCAUCGCACAGUCCAUGGCUGCCAAGACCCAACGGUUCAGAAGCAAGAUGACAGCAGCUGGCUUCACCAUCUCAGGGAAGGACCACCCCAUCUGUCCUGUCAUGCUCGGGGACGCUCGCCUGGCUGCAGUGAUGGCUGAGGACAUGCUCAACAGAGGGAUUUACGUCAUUGGCUUCAGCUACCCCGUGGUCCCCAAGGGAAAGGCUCGCAUCCGGGUCCAGAUCUCAGCUGUGCACAGUGACGAGGACAUCGACCGCUGCGUGGAAGCCUUCACCGAGGUGGGACGGAAGCACGGGGCGCUGCGGUGAGGGGCCAACCAAUACCUCCUCCAGCACCAGCCCUGCCCACAAACAAGUGCCUGUGCCAGGGCAAAAGGCUUGAGCAGCAUGCUGCCUAGAGCAGGACCUGUCCUCAAGGCAUCCCAGCCUGCGGGAGGCCGGAGCUGGUGUGGUGUGCUGGCAGCGUGCUGCCAGUCAGCUCAUAUGUCAUUAAAGGGGUCCCGCAGUGCA